CACCGCCCGAACAACACAGCGCUGCGACGCCGAUCUACAAUCGCCCCCAGGACAGUACUCACUCACACACUGGGCCCCAUGAGGCCCCGGCGUCCCGCCACUCUGAGGCCCGGGAGAGUGCGGGCCCCCUUCUGACAUGGGAAACGAGGAGAGCCAGCAACAAGGCGGGGGCGCCCCGGGUGGGCCCCCGCCCCAACAACAACAGGCGGGCUUCGGCGGGAUGGGUAUGCCCCGGUUCAGCGGGCCCCAGCCACCACAGCAACAACCUAGGCCAAUGGGACCCACAGGACCCAUGGCCCCUCGCCCUCGGGGCCCUGGUCCUCCCCUGCAACAGCCGCGAGGCCCCCGGCCCGUUCACCCCGUCCAGGUGGGGGUGCAGCCCUGGGCGGAACCGCCCGUCCAGCAGCCCCAGAGGUUCCAGCCGCCCGCCGUGCGGCCCCUGCAGCAACAACAGCUGCAACAGCAACAGCAGCAACAGCUGCAAAUGCAAAAGCAACACCAAAUAGAGGAAGAAACCGGGUUGGAUUUGAGUAGUCUGUCCGAAGCGGAGAAAGCUAAGAUCCUUUCAGUCAUGGCCCGGGCGCAGGACAUGGACGAGGACUACGAAAGGCACAAGAGGGCUAAGGAAGAGGCUGCUCCGCAGAUUCUCUGCCCCCUCUGCCAAAUAGUGGAUCUGGCGGUAGAGACUAACAAGAUGUGUGGAGACUGUGGGAAGAACUUUUGCCAAAAGUGUGGAACUUUUGUCCCGGGGGAAGGAAGGAGAUCCGUGUGGGUGUGCAACACGUGCUCCAAUCGGAGGAAGCAGCAGAGCGUCGCCAUGGCAACCGGACAGCAGCAAGACACCAACACCUACACCUCGUCGGGACAGAAGGUUGCUGGAGAUUCGAGCGGAAGGAAGGACGAUUCCAUGUCACGUGAGUACCACCUCCACCCCGUAGAUGACAUAGUAACCCCCCCACACUCAGAUACUACAGGGCCUGACGACUACUACCUCCUCAUUGAUGAUGACGACGACCAGUGGACCGACGACAUAGAAGACCGUGCCUCCAGCAUCCGGCGCAUGCUAGAAGAUGAGGAGGAAUACGACAGCGACGAGGGGGGAGGUGGAGGGGGUUCCUCCCUCCAGACUUACUACGACCGCAGCCCGGGGGAGGUGUACACCAUCCUAGAAGAAGAGGAGGAGAUGGUUUCGCCAAUGAUGGUGUCCCAGGGGAUGACCUGGGACGGGGAGUUGAACCCGGACACGGCGUCGUCACUGCUACGCUGGAGAGGAAUGGGCCAAUCAUCCCACCAACCGCAACAGCAGACAGUCCAGCAGUCGGUAUCUCUGAUUGGUACCUCUUCUAGUGCUAGUGGCACCGGGAUAGUUUCUGGAUCGCUUAUACCCAAUAGCGCCGUCGGCAGCAUUCCUAGGACUGUACCACUCACAUCCCUUUCCCAAAGCCCAGCAUGGCCAACUUCCACCCAGCCACAAGACCAGCAACAGCAAUGGAACCUCCAACAGGCGCAAAUGGUGCAACAAGUAACACAACAAAGUAGUCAACAACAACUCUCCAUGCAACAACAGCAACAACAACAACAGUUAUCUUCCCAGAAACAGCAGCAACUUCAGGGCAGCAAGCCAAUGGAUAUGAGUCAAGGCAUGGGCAUGAUGACUCAGCAACAACAACAACAUCAGAACCAGUUGCAAAAGCAGCAGCUGAAGAAGGGGGAAGACUGGUCACCGGUCACUGACCUGUCACCCAUACUUGACGUAUCACCUUCUUUAGAAGCUGCAGAGCAAGAACUGAUGGAGAAGUGCCAGGAUCAAUUGCGACCCAUUCCGAGGGCCACUUCCGGCACGAUAUCAGGAAUGCUGGCCGAUUUCAACAAGGCGCUGGGUUUGGCCACGACCCCAGAUGACGGCCAGCCACAGCGGAACCUGAUGACGGCCACGACGGUGGCACAACCUCCCACUCAGCAGCCAAUAAGCGGCACGGUUGGCGGCAGUGGGACAACCCAGCAAGCAGUGCUAACAAGCGGCACGGAGAUGGACCAGAACCAGAAUCUCGUGCAACAGCAGUUCCAGCUCCAGCAGCAGCAGCUGAUGAUCCAACAGCAGCAGCAGGUGAUCCAGCAACAACAACAACAGCUUCAACAACAAGUGCACCUUCAGCAGCAGAUGCAACAGCAACAGCAGCUGCAGUCUCAGCAACAGCAGCUGCAAGCUCAACAACAACAGCUUCAACAGCAAGAAAUGCAACAGCUUCAGCAACAACAACAAGCCACAGCUCUUGCACAGCAGCAACAGCAACAACCAAUUGGUGGAACAGCUCCGAUGCAGACCCAAUCCCAGCGGAAGGUUCACAGGCGUCUGCCUCAGCCUACUAUGGACCAAAUGCAUGCGGCCAUAGCAGCACAGACGCCCAAGAGCAAGUCCCGGACCCCCUCGAGCAUCGGCAGUUACCAGAGGCCCGUAUCCCCGAUUAUGCCCUCCUCCUCCUCACGGGCCCUCUACGAGAGCACCUCCUCCGGUCUCCUCGGAGUGACUCAAUCCACCUCCUCCUCAGUCAGCCCCACCCCAAGGAAGGAUCAAGAGGGUGAAACGGAGAGCGGCAAGAAGAUCCGACGCCGCCUACCACCUGUUCCCUUGGAUCAGGAACCCGUCCCCGUGCGCAGGACCAAGGACCGAACAAGAACCCUCUCCAUGGGUGCCAUGCCCCUCUCCUCUUCCGCUUCUGACCGGCCUUGGGAGAGAAGAAUUCCACAGAGGACAACAUCACUGGACGACGGUAUGUCCCUAACUACGACAACAAAGUCUGACCUCGAUUUCUUGGGACUAACUACUUCCACCGACACCUACCUCCAGUUUCUCUCCUCUACAUUGUUCGGUCCAACCACCACAACAACGACCACUUCUGUGCUGGCUUCUAUUCCCUCUUCUAUUGGAAUGUCGACCACCAGUAUGUUGGGACGGCGUGACCUGAGCGCCCCUCACAGCCUCUCUUCCUAUCUGCGAACCAGCAAUUACCUCCUAGAUUCGCAGGGCUCAGAAGGACCCAAGUUGCCCUCCUACAUCAUGUCCCUGAAGCAGCAACUGCGGGACGAACUCAGAUCCGUGACGGAACAGAGACGUCGCAUCACUGACCCUGAUCUUUCUGGGCUGCUCUCGCACUCGUCUUGGACCGACACAUAUGAUCCCCUCCGAAAGCUGGGCUCGUCUACCCUCCCCCCUGUUGGAGGCAGUCGCCUGACGGGAGGAGGCAGUGCCUCUCUACGGAGAGCCAGACACAGGAGGCAUGCCUCUGACACCAAGCUCUCGACCAUCUUCCCGACCUCUGCGUCUUUCGGCAGAGAGGGCUAUGACGAUCCUCUGUUACGUUACAAGCUGUACCAUCCUAGUAGCAGCAUGCCUUUCAAGUCUUUCGAGUUCGAGUCUAUCGACGACCACCUCAGGAGCGACGGACUGUAUAGCCAAUACAUGCGCACUUCCUACCCGCGUCGCUCCUCCCUCAGUGAUACACCACUCACCUCGAAAGCAGUGGAUUCGCCAGCUUUGAGGAGAUACAAUAGAGACAUGGCAAGAUUGCGUCGUCACACGGAUACAGGUCUGGUGUUCAUGGGUCUGGAUCCGUACGGUCGCAGCCAGAGGGCGCUGCAGAGGAAGGCGCGUUCGUGGCAUCCCUCGCCACACGCCUCCGAAGACGAGGAAGAGAGAGAGGAGAGGAAGGCCAAGGUCAAGGCGGAGAUCGCGCGACGCAGGCAGCACAUCGAGGAGAACUCAAGGCUGCACGACGAGCUGUACAAGGUCGCACGGUUCAGGGAUCCGGGAGGAGGAGGCUAUGUGAGCCCCGCGUAUGGUGACCGGCUUUACACGAGCCCUAUCUCCCUGGAGAGCGGAGGCUCUUCGCAGGACUCGGCCAGAGACCCGGACCUGGACCAGGACUAUUUCCUCCGGAACCAGCGCUACCCCUACUCCUCCACUUUUCCCGCCUACGGGUCUCACAGGAGAAGCGCCGCUCCCCACAGUUCCUAUUACACGUACAGCCCUUGGUCAUAUGAUUACGCGGAUGAUGACCUACUAUUGGACGGGGGUGCGUACGACUACAGUCCCCUGGCCACGACUGAUUCUGAGACCGACCUAGCACCGAUGCCCCUCCUGCCUGACAUGCCCACCCGGUCCAGGAAGCUGCUGCACGAUCUCGGUAGCACCCCGCUAGGACCGACCUACGACAAGCACUACCAGCAGUACCGCUCACACAGUGGUGCUCAGUACGAUGAUUAUGUAGAAGACCGUCGACCCCCUCCUCCUCCCUCGGGGGAUCACCAGCACAGCAACAGCCACCUGCGAAAAGCUCAAAACUCGAAAACCAGUCAGAAGUACGACUUUCCUGUAAAAAGAAUAUUGCUCACCAGAGAUCCCAAGGACCGUUCCGUCAGUGGUAACGGCCUGGGCAUGAAAGUGGUGGGCGGGAAGGAGAUCCCAGGGAGCAACGGUAUGAUCGGAGCGUACGUCGCGCGCAUCUACCCGGGAGGGGUCGUCGAAACGCUCGGGGAAGUCAGAGAAGGUGAUCAAGUUCUGGAGUGGAAUGGCGUGCCUCUGACCGGUAAAACCUACGAAGAGGUUCAGAGGAUCAUCGCAUCGUCCGGAGACGAAGUGGAAAUCGUUAUUCGAAGCGACUUCAACAUGUUGAGUUCUCGUUCCUCUUCCCAUCACCAUCACCAUCAUCAGCACCCUCAAAACCGAUUGUCUCGCAGCAGCGGCGGGGAAAGACACGGGGGACGAAAUUAUAGCCACCCUCACCAGUCUGGGGGAUACCGGUCGUCCAGGAGCGACACCGACGGCUACAACAGGAACUACGACAAUGAGAAUUACUACCAGCCGCCGGCCGAUGAAGGGGUGAAUAAUUCCAACUACGGGGGUUCUUCGUCUCCCUCCAGGGGCUAUCAAGGAUCCAGCAGAAGACAGCAAAGAAUCGUCUCUCCUGUCAACGAGAAAGGAGACAGCGAGAUGAACAAGGAGAAGUACAGAGCGGAAGAUAUAUCUGGUGAAAUACAGCUCCAAGUGUGCCACGACUCGAAAGCAGGGAUCCUCUACGUGACCAUCGUCCGUGCUCGGAACCUGGUGACGUCACGCGACAACAGUGGUCUGCCUGACCCUUACGUCAUCUGUUACCUGCUGCCUGACAGAUGCUUCGAGAACCAGCGUCGCACGCGGUACUUCUCCCGCUGCAGCAACCCCGAGUGGAAGCAGACGAUGGUCUACCCGCAUGUGCCCCAGGACCAGCUGAAGAAGAAGCACCUCGAGAUAUCGGUGUGGAACUACGACAUCAACAGGCCUCCCGAGUUCCUUGGAGAGGUCAUCAUCGACCUCAAAGACUCCUCUGUGAUCGAUGAGCAGUCUCGCUGGUACAAGCUCCAUCCCCACGACCCCAAGAAGUACCCGUGCCAGUCAUCGUCCACCCUCAACAACGAAGGCGCCAUGAAGAUGGCCAGACUCAACAACCCCUCCACUCAGAAGAACUCACUCUACUUCGAAGGAGCAGACGACAUCAGGAAGAGCAACAACUUGGAGAAGAGAUUUUUCAAACAGAUGACAAAAAAGUCCAAUGUCACAGAGAACUACACAAGGGCCAGUGAGCAAUCAGAGUUGGCGCCUUCCAGCCCUCCACACGGGCAACAUCACCGCCCACCCGCUACUUCCACAGGGAUGCCACGGCGCCGUCUGCUCAAUCCUAUGACACCGGACAUCCUCAUAACAGCGCUGUGCUGACCCUUGAGUACGUGACUCGAAGAGAAGCCAUCUCAAGCUAACUGAAAAACAAAAUUUGGAAGUUGUUGCUGCUCAAAGACUGGAUAUUGUCCCGCUGCAAUUUCACACAUUAUCUUCUACUUUUAUCUAAAUUACUGUUUCGAAACGAGUAGCCACUAGAAUCGCAUUUCCAAAGGUGCGUCGCAUCGGAACCUUCUGAAGAAGAAAGGAAGCGCGAAGAAAUGUCUCCGGUGAAACUUCAGUUUCUGCAAUAAUCUUUGAUUCAAAUAUAUUAUGAAGUAAUAUAUAUAAGUAAAAGCAGUAUUUCGUCAAUUAGAAGAAGUCGAGGUUUUCAAAUUUCAAUCAUUAAAGAUUGGAAAUGUUCUUUUUUCUCCCUUCCAAUAAUAUAUUUUUUCCAAUACGUUACAGUUGCAGAAGAAUCAAUAAACGUGCGCCAAUCAAAUCAGUGAAAUAAAUUUUGCUAAAUAUAUAUAUAUCUAUAUAUAUAUACCCGUUUUAAUUCUUAUUUCAAACAAGAACUAAUUAAGUUUAUGCUUAGCUAAACUCUUGUUUGAUUAGCUGAAAGGAAACUUUAACAAUAGGAAAUAUGAAGGAUUUUCUUCAAAGUUAUAUUUGUAGAUAGCCAUAUAUAAUAUUUUUCAGCUUAUUUCAUGACAUUAAUUAGUUUUGAUUACUAGAGAAGUAUUUUUUCACGUACAGAUGAAGAAGUUCGACAACGUACAUUUUUUUGUUUUGUUUUAUAUCCAUUACUGCAUCUCAAGCGUUAUAUCAACAGAACUGUAGAGUAUUAACUGAUUCCUCCUUUUCUGACUUGUGUUGACGACCUCUGCCGGUUGCUAGAUGAGAGCGCAGACGACUUCUGACCGGUGCGAUGCCCGUUGCCACCGACUUCCUCCGGUCUCUCAAAAGGAAUUGUGAUAUUAUAUAGGAAGAAAACUUUCCCCGUUUCUCUCUCCUGUACUAGUAGAACGUUUGGUAGAACAAUCCUUGAACUCUAGAACUGAAAAAGAAUGCUCUCGAACGACCAAUAUUUCUAUGCCAAACGACUUUUCCAAUCUCACCAUUUUUUUCUUCUCUGCCAUUGUGUAGAAUGUGUUCAAGAAAAAAAUUUCUGUUUUGCCAAAAUAUCUGUUAAAAAUUUUUAAACCAGAAAUGGACUAUUUUUAUAAAUUAAUUUCUUUUAUUUAGAUUAGACAAAUUUUUUUUACAAAAUUUUCAAAAAAAAUCUCCAUUUUGUGAUGUUUUAUUCCCGAAUUUAAUUUCUGAACAGUUUUCCUAACAAUGGCAGGAAGAUGGAUGCUCCCCUCCCUUUGCUCCCUGGGAACCUUCCACCCCCUCCUCCUCUGAACAAAUGGUCCAAUCCCUCUCUCUUGAUAGUUGUAAAUAAUAACUAAAUGCAUAUAAUAUAUUAUUCCAUACAUUUAAGUAAAAUAUAUACUACUUUAUUGUUGUAUGUACACAAAAACACACAAACACACAUAUAUAAAUAUACUAAAUAUAUAUAUAUAUAAAUAUAAAUACAUAUACUGUAUAAAUACUUCACCGUGCUACAAGAAGUCUUUUUCCCUGUCAAUACAUGAAAUUUAGGUGUCAAAUUGUGUUUUUACAAAUUUCUCUUUAUAUAUAUAAAGCAUCGUUACUGCCUCUAUGUACAGUUAAUGGACCUUCAAUUAGAAUAGUUGUCAAUGGACUUGAAAGUGAAACAUUGCUGACCUUAAAUUUCAUGUCGAUGUUAAUAGAGUCCCUUGGACUUGAAUCUACAAGAUGCAGACACCACUCGUCUUUCCAUGUUAAGUGGUCCAGCGUGAGACAAAAGGACCUUUCAACUUCCUUCGUGCUUUACUUGUUCCAGAGGUGUCCCGCCCCUGGUUGUCUCACAUUUCGAUGAACAGAUACAAUAUCCUUGGAGUAACAAAAUUUCAUUAUGAUUGCUACCAAAAAUCCAACAAUAUUUUAUGUUUCAUAAUCGAAUAUUUCUUGAUAUUUUACGUAUUCAUUCACAAUGAAAUACGCAUUCUUCGGAAUGAAAUGUAUUUUUUUCUUCUUAUAUAGUAUUUUGAUUUAGUUGUAGAAGCUAUAUAUUGCUAUCCAUUCUUUUUUCAAUCAUGAUUG